GACAAACACAUUCAUCACAAAGCAAACAAACAGUUAUUCCGAUAUUUUUAAAAAGCUUGCGAGCUCUUACUAUUAAGCUGUUUGACAGACAGCACAAAAAUAUAUAAAUGUAGUGCAGAAGUGUUUCAUUUCUGACGUUCUAUGUCUUAGAAACAUAGCAAAACCCUUAAACUGAAUUCAAUACAGCAAAAAUAUAUUUUCCACAAUAUGUUAUCUGUUUAUCGUCCAUCUUUGUUGUAAAACGUUAUGUUUGUGCUGCACUUAUCAGAUUUUCAGAGUUCUGUCUGACAUGAGUUGGAGGAAGGUCACUGCUCCUCACAAAUCAAAUGACCUCCAAAAAACAAAACAAAAAAUAAAUAGAAGUUAUCAUAAAGAGUGGGAGGUGUGGUGUAAUGUUUCAGGGUUUAAAGGAAACUGAUUCCUCUCAGGAUACUCAGAUUCAAUCUUCACCCGGCAAAGCGGUCAAAAUGAAGGCUCUGUUUGGCUUCCUUGAGUUGAUGUUGAUGGCUGUAUUGAGUCUCUCCGUCCAGGGAGCAGAUUUUCCUGAAGACUGCUCAAAGAUCAGGGCUCAGUCGCCACGCGCACCCAGCGGGGUUUACGUCAUCCAGCCAGCAGGAAACGAAACUCGCCUCAGGGUGUACUGUGAGAUGCGUCAAACGGGCGGCUGGAUCGUGAUCCAGAGGCGAAGUGGAGGCGCGGUGUCCUUUGAGAGAGGAUGGGCUCAGUACAGACACGGGUUCGGGUCCCUGACUUACGACCACUGGCUCGGACUGGACAAGAUGCACAUGCUGACCAAGGACACAGACAAAGUGUGGACUUUGAGGGUGGACCUGUGGGAUCAUGAAGGUGGCUACGCGUUUGCCGAGUACCGAGACUUUAGAAUUGGAGACGAGGGAACGGCUUAUCGACUGCAUGUUGGGACGUACAAAGGAAAUGCAGGUGACGCCCUCCGCGGCGCCUACCCGGGCGCCGACCAAAACGGCGCUGGCUUCAGCACCUCCGACCGCGACAACGACAACUGCUCCCCGUGUAUCCACGGAGACGUGGCUUUCAACAGGUGCACCGACAAGCACGGCGGCGGCUGGUGGUACAGCGGCUGCGGCUCCGCUGCCCUGAACGGUGACUGGCACUCUUCAGACGACCCGAUUGGCUGGGGGUCAGGCCUCCACUGGCUCACCUGGAAGCCAGUGCCUUAUUCGGCGAAGGUCAGCAGGAUGAUGAUCAAGUCUGAUUGAUGGUCUCUGCUUUACAUCCAUGUUCUGAGUUUCAUCAUCUCUUGGUUUUAAAGGUUAGGAAAAGAAGAUGUAAUGUGUGAAAUGGAAAAUAAAUUAAUAAAUAGAUUGGCAAGUGA